GUCAUUUUUAACUCACGUGCUCGAUUGCUUUAAAAAUUGAUAUUUCAUAUUCUUGACUAUCAUCUUAAAAGAAUCCUUCAUACUUUUACAAAAUUUUACCAUUAAAUCUAUUCGUUUAAGUUCUUUUGUUAUUUUGCUCUUUGAAGAUUGGAAGAUAAUGAGAAACUAAAAGUACGAUUUUCUCGUGUUCCCUUUGCACCACCGCUUUGUACAAGACAUGUCGCAGUUGUAAUAUUUCUUGUAGAUUGUGUGAGUAUGCGUGUCUGUGCAUCCCCUCCUCUUCUACCCUCUCCUCCCUUCCCCCCAUAAUGUUGUCCUUGUUUUUGCAUAGUGAUAAGGAGUAGAACUGUUACAAUCAUGACAGUGUUGGGUGUUAUAUUGAUGCCGAUUUUCAUGAUCACUCCGAGAAAUCCCUCUAUGAGAAAAACGAUCAUUCCGUGCUAUAACACUCUGGUCAUCAUGUCGAUUGAUUUAACAUCGAAGUUUUUCAAAUUACUACGACAUUUUCGACGGGAAGAUUUGGAAUCAUUUGCUGAAGAACAUGACCGAUUGUAUAGAGAGGCAAAGGCAAAAUCGGACUAUUCGUUGGUUACGACGCACUACUACUCCGUUAUGUCCACCGUUAUUGAUGAAUACUUUAAUGGAAGUUUUCAUUUUGCUCCGCCUCGAGAGAGACAGCAAUCGCUGGCAGAUGCACUGAAAGAACUUCAUGUACGAAUCGGUCACUGUUUAGAACUUGCGGAAGGUAAGAAGUGUGUAGAUAUUGGAUGUGGUAUAGGUGGUGUUAUGCACGAUCUAGCCCUCACUGGAGCUGAUUUGACUGGUGUGACAAUAGCAGGAAAUGAGGUGGUAAUUGGGAACAAACGUUUCCAGAAUGAAGGUCUCCAAAAUUGUAGUAUUGUGCAAGGGAACUAUUGCUGCUUACCAUUGGUGGACAGUCGUUAUGAUUGCGCAUAUGCGGUUUAUGCUCUGAAGUAUAUGGAAGAUUUAAAGCCACCAUUACAAGAAAUAAAUCGGAUUUUACGUCCAGGGGGAUUUUUCCUUGUUUAUGACUUAUUGAAAACUGAUAAAUAUCACUCCUCUUCAGAGGAACAUAAAACAAUUAUCAAUAAUUUAGAGUAUGCUUGUGGAAUGCCUCCCUUACACACCAAAGAAGAAAUAGUAAAUACGGCAAAAAUUUAUGGUUUGGAACUGGCAGGAAAUAUCAAUCUUGACCAAGAAACUGGAAAUCCUUAUUAUUUUUGCUUUUCCCAUUCUCCCUUUUUCAUGUGGCUUAUUAGGUCGUCACUGAUUGAUUGGAUAAUUUUGGUUGCACAAGCACUUCAUAUUAUGCCUAAAGGAUUUCUUCGUUUUAAACGAGUAUUUCUUGCUGGUACAGUGAACAAUAUUGUUCAUGCUGGUAAGCUGGGCAUCCUUAGUGGCUCCGAAGUAUUGUUGUUUCGCAAAAUCAAUGAUUUUGACAAGAAUUUAAAAAGGAAGGAUCUUUAG